UGGUCUUGCCAUCCACACAUUGGCCCAGUCGCUGGUCUCGCCAUCCACACAUUGGCCCAGUCGCUGGUCUCGCCAUCCACACAUUGACCCCACAACAAGUGACACAUUGAUCACACAAGUGACUGUUCAUAUGCGUACCCACACAAAAGAGAAGCCUUUCCAGUGUUCAGUUUGUACUAAAAGGUUCUCCACUUCUGGUGAAUUGACUGUUCAUAUGCGUACUCACACAAAAGAGAAGCCUUUCCAGUGUACAGUGUGUACUAAAAGGUUCUCCACUUCUGGUGAUUUGACUGUUCAUAUGCGUACUCAUACAAAAGAGAAGCCUUUCCAGUGUACAGUGUGUACUAAAAGGCUCUCCAAUUCUAGAAAUUUUACCAUUCAUAUGCGUACUCACACAAAAGAGAAGCCUUUCCAGUGUACAGUGUGUACUAAAAGUUUCUCCACUUCUGGUGAAUUGACUGUUCAUAUGCGUACCCACACAAAAGAGAAGCCUUUCCAAUGUACAGUGUGUACUAAAAGGUUCUCCACUUCUGGUGUAUUGACUGUUCAUAUGCGUACCCACACAAAAGAGAAGCCUUUCCAGUGUACAGUGUGUACUAAAAGGUUUUCCACUUCUGGUGAUUUAACACGGCAUAUGCGUACUCACACCAAAGAGAUGCCUUUCCAGUGCACAGUCUGUGCAAAAAUGUUCUCUCAGUCAGAAAUUUUGACACGGCAUAUGCAUACUCACACCAAAGAAAAGCCUUUCCAGUGUACAGUCUGUGCAAAAAUGUUCUCUCAGUCAGCAAAUUUGACACGGCAUAUGCAUACCCACUCAGUUUAAAAAAUUCAAUUUCUUCUCUAUCGGUGUGUUUUCUAUGUUUUAUGUUCCUGAAAAUAUUAAGCCUUUGUUUUUCAAUUAUCACCAAUUUUACUUCAUGAUAGUUCAUAAUUUAUACAUUAUACAGUUUAUAGUUACAUAAAGUGUAGUGUUUAGUUUAUAUAAAGUGAUGAAUGUCUCAGUUGAGUUAUAUUGUCAAAUUCAUUGUCCUAAUAGAUCAAAUUUUGUUAGCUUCUUGAGUUCAGCUUGUUCUUGAAUAUAAAUAAACUUUACUCAACUUUUGGUCCACAAACAUCAUCAAGUUCAAUUGAAUUAGAGUUAAUAUUUGCAUAUAGUAUCAAUGUAAUAAUAUUGAUGAAUUACAUAUUAUAAAUGUUUCCUUCCUACUCAUAUUUUUUUGUACACUUCAUUCCUUUCAAUUCCUACAUCCCAUAAAUCUGUGGAAACAAGCGUGAUUUUCAUUCAUCUUUAUAAUAAACAUUCUCAAUAAAAUAUUAUGUAGGUAGUUCAUAAAUAAUUAUGUCAGGAAUAUUAUGAAAAUAUGAAAUAAAAUCAUGUAUAUUAUUAUAAUCACAAUCUCAUUUUAUUUUACACAUCAUUGAGAAUAAUCAUUUACAAAUAAAAAAUAUAUAUAGUCAUAUACAUCAUUUAUAAUAUAUUAUAAUAAAAAAGAGUUGCAGGAACAUAUAAGCUUUCCGCUGAACUCUUUGUUAAAUAAAUCUAUUCAAAGUCUAUCUAUAGAUUUUUCAAAUAAUCAAUACAAGGUUUCAUUUCAAUAGCUAUUUGGAAAAUUGGAUUCUCACUCUAGUAACCAAAGUAAAUCAUUUCAGAUCAAGCAAAGAUCAUGGUAAGUCACGUAAGUUGAUUACUUACUAAAUUUAAAAAUAGGUCAUUGUAAUAAAUACAUCGGACUACUUCGAGAUAGGCUGUUAUAAUAUAAUUUGGUUUCCAAGGAUGUGGUAUUAACUUAUACAGUAGGUAAAUAAGUCCAAAAU